UUCGAUAUCAUGAUCAUCACAAAAUAAUCAACGGUGGCAAUUAAAAUUACUUUUCUGAUCAUAAAGCACUUCGACUAAUGACUUUUAGCAAUCUCGGUGCCUUCUGCCUACACGCACGAAACAUAGAGAAAUAGUGAGAGAAAGUGAGGUUCUUGAGAGAAAAAUGGAAGACUACAGAAGAGUGGGUGUGGCAAUUGAUUUUUCACCGUGCAGCAGGAAAGCACUUGAAUGGACAGUGAAUAACAUUGUACGAAAGGGAGAUCACCUGAUUCUGGUCACUGUCCUCCGCGAAGGCCAUUAUGAGGAAGGCGAGGCGCAGCUCUGGCAAGCUACCGGUUCUCCCUUGAUUCCUUUGAUCGAGUUCACGGAACCCCAUACCAUGAAGAAAUAUGGGGUUAAUCCUGACCCCGAAACACUGGACAUUGUUGCUACUGCUUCUAGGCAGAAAGAGAUAACCGUGCUCCUGAAAAUCUUUUGGGGAGAUGCUCGAGAGAAGAUAUGUGAAUCUGUUGAGAGUAUUCCUCUCGAAUGCCUUGUCAUUGGAAACAGAGGCCUUGGCAAAAUCAAGAGGGCCAUAAUGGGCAGUGUGAGUAAUUAUGUUGUCAACAAUGCUACUUGUCCCAUUACCGUUGUGAAGAUCCAUGAUUAGACCUAUGCAUUAUCAGGUGGAGCUUAUUAAUGUUGUUCCGAAACUCCCUGAUUUUCUUGGUUAAUAAGUCUCUGUUAUCCGUAAUUCAGUCUUGUGGUUGGAUUUGUGUGUGUAUAUUGCUGGCGGAGGGUGCUUGUUUCGCUUGAAUAAAAAUACAGUUGGAAUUUAUUUUGAAUAGUUCUGGAUUCAUUCAUUUGCCUUUGGAUGAUCAUUUUAUCACAAGACUGUCUGGCUGGAAGGCCAGUGCUAUUAAA